AUGUAUCUUGUAGUAAUUAUCCCUGGUGUUCCCUGGCUUUUUGCAGUAGUCACAGAACAAUCGAGACUUGGCAGGAAGUUUAAGAAACUGCCUGAUUGUGGUGUUGCUGGUUACUAUUUCAUGUUUGGUUUUGGAUAUGAUGUGCUUCAUGAUGAUUAUAAGGUAGUGGGUAUUUACCGCAAUUUGAGUUAUAAAGGUUUGCAUAAUGUUGAGAUCAAAUUAUAUAGUCUAGAUAGUGAUUCUUGGAGAAGUAUAGAUGAUUUUCAGACCGGGAUGCUCUUCAUUAAGUCGGGUAUAUUUGUGAAUGGGAAGCUUCAUUGGGCUAAUACUACCUCUCGCAAUCCUUCUUAUAAGGGUUGGGACAUAAUUUCUAUUAAUGUAGCUGAUGGAAAAUGGGUGAAGGUGGAGAAACCUUGCUAUGGAAAAAGAGAUUUUGAUUUUAGUCCGUGCCUAGGAGUCUUGGGAAGUGAUCUUUCUGUGUUUUGUAAUAUUCGGAAGACUCAUACAAAUGUAUGGGUUAUGAAGGACUACAAGGUUAAAGAAUCUCGGACAAAGAUGUUUACCAUCAAGUGUCAUUUUGAUUCUGAGGAUUAUCUCUUUCAUCCACCCUUUUAUAUUUCAAAUGAAGGCGGAAUUUUGUUUGAGAUUGGAUCAAUUUUCAUGAUUUACAAUCCAAUGGAUGACUCAAUCAGAUAUCCAGGGGUUACCAACUAUUAUGCUUUUUUUGGCAAAGAUCUACAUUGA